AUGCAAUAUGUUUUUACUGAAUUUCUCAUUCGACGAAUUUUACCAUCAUCACUAAUAGUUAGCAAUAAAAUGAUUCCAAAUCAAAUUAGAACUUUCUUUUCACCAAAAUUAACAACAAUGAAAUCUUCUUAUUAUACACAUGUUCAUCAACUAUCAUUGAUCGAUUGUAAUCAGUGCGAAAUGGGAAUGAUCAACUGGUAUGUUAACCUAUUUUCUUCUUUACAAUCAUUUUGUCUAGUUGAAAGUAUGUCGAAAAACAUUUAUCCAAUGACCCAUUUAACACAUGAAGUACUUCGUGAGAUAGUUUUUGAUAUGAAAUUCACUAAACUUACUGAAAUUAAAUUGAUGGUAAACGAUGGGAUGAUUCUUGAUAAACAAUUACAUUCAAAUUUGCUUCUCAAACGAUUAACUAUUUCAUUACGAACCAUCGACGAUCUUUUCGUUCUACUUGAUGGUCUUGUAGCUAAUUUGAUUGAACUUGAUGUCACUUUGUGCACUGGUCAUGCCAGUCGUCGAUUAUUAUUACCAUUCAAAUCGAAUAUUUUUCCAAUGGUUCAUUUAACAAAAUUUCUAUUGACUACGAAACAAGAAGUAGAAAUGAGAUCUGAAUAUUUGUUCAACAUUGUCAAAUUUCUUAGUCAAAUCGAUACAUUGAUAAUCGAUAUAAAAAAUUGGACCCAUCCUGAUUAUAUAUUUGUGCAGGGUCAUCAAAUUGAAAUGAUUAUUGAUCAGUUCAUGCCUCGUCUUCAACAUUUCUAUUGUUAUAUUCGAACGGAAUGUCAUAUUGAUAUGACGACUUUUGUUGGAUUUAAUCAACGAUGGCAAAUUGCAUGUGGAAUGACGUCCAACGAUUUUUACAGUCAUUUGUAUACAGUACCUUGGUCAUUCAAAGAAUUGAAAACAUCAAUGUUGGCCAAUGAGGAUACAAUGAGUAUUUGUCCCAAUGUUCUUGAUCUUACAGUUGAUAAAUCAUGUUCAAAUUUAUCUCAACGCUUCCCGAAAAUCAAUACACUCACAGUUUUAUGUAAAUGUGAGUUUAGUUCUAGUAAUUUUCCUCGACUUCGUCAUCUUACAAUUAGAAAUAUUGAAGUUGUUUCAAUGAUUGGAUCACACAUUCAUACAUUGACAUUAAUUGAAAUGCCUAGAUCUGCUACGCAUUCGUCUAUUUAUACAAAUAUACUUCAUUUAAUUCUCGACAAUAUUCAAAUAUCUUCAUUGCAAACCAUAAUGGUUCUUGUUCGAUAUUUUCCCAAUCUUUGUUCACUAAAAAUUCAAUUUGAAAUGAGCAAAGACUAUUUUGAUAGUCUCGAUGUAUUACUUGAUCAUCAACAUCUUCCUCAUCUCAUGCUACUUAAAACAAACUGGAUCAAUGAAAAUAAUAAUAUACAACCCGAAAUCAAAUCCUGGAUUAUUGAAAAAACAAUAUUAAAAUGGAGAUCGAAACCAUUUUUGGCUUUUCGUCAAGAUAAUAAUUGGAUUGUUUGGCUUUGA